AUGGAGAGCGCAUCAGCGAAAUCAGUGACGCAGGUUGAGCACGUUGCUGGCACUCCAGAAUCACCGCACGAAAGCGCAUCAAAUCCCUGGAGUCCUUGGAACGCGUACUCAGCACCGAUGCAGACGCCGUCGUCAUACCUCGAUAACCUCGUACCAGAUGAUUAUUUCGCAGACGAAUAUGAGCAAUUUUGGAUUGAUUUGACUGCGAAUGGCGAUCUCUCUAUUGCCCAUCUCCAGCAAUUGCUUUUCAGGACUGAGCUCCCGGCGAGGAGUACCGAGAAGAUCCUCGGCCUCACUGUCCGCGGCCGUGUUGUCCAGAAAUCUGAGUUCCAGUUCGCUUUGGCGCUGGCUGCAUAUGCGCAGCAGGGCCAGGAACUGCUCAUCGACGUGGUCACCAUGUCCAAGCCACCGAUUCCCUUUCCCCACUUGGCCAACGAGUCUCCUCAGCUCCACGAAGACGGCUGGGCGGUGAGUGCGCAAGAAAUGAGUGACACCGUCUCCGUACGCCUCGAGGGCGAGAAGGAGGGCUUCUUCUUCACCCACCACAACUAUACCAUCGACAAGUCCGACAAUGGCAGCGUCAGUCGUCGUUUCUCUGACUUUGUCUGGCUGCACGACUGUCUCAUGACGCGCUACCCCUUCCGCCUCGUGCCCAACCUCCCUCCGAAGCGCUUAACCUUGGGCGGGCACAGUCUGUCGACCGAUGCCAAUUUCCUCGAGACGCGUCGUCGCGGUUUACAGCGUUUUAUGAAUUUUACCAUAAACCAUCCCAUCCUGCAGAAAGACGGGCUAGUACUGACCUUCCUUGAGACGCCGAGCCUGGAAAGCUGGCGCAAGAGCACCAAGGUGUCUUUGGAGGAGGAGUCACAAGUGCUUAGCCGAGUGAAAGCCAUGUCAAUCCCUACCGACCUCGAUGAGCGCAUCGACAAGCUACGCGUGCGUCUCCCAGCUCUCAUCGAGCACUGGGCAGAGUUAUGUGGGCAACUAGAGCGAAUCAUUAAGCGCAACGAGACGGAUGCGCGCGACUACGUCACGCUUAGCAACACGCUCGGUACGGUUAUCGACAGCGACAGUCAAGCGUGGGGACGUGGGGAGAGUGAGCAGCUGCAGCGCACGCGCGGGGGACUCGAGGAGUAUGCUGCCGUCGCAUACGACCGCACACUAGAUAUGUCUCUUCAAGCACUCGAAGCGGCCCGCUACGUUCGCGACCUCUACAUGGCCUAUCUCGCCCUCCUCGCUCGCUACGACCGCCUCACCCCACAUUCGGUGGAUAAACUCAAGAGAAAUAUGGAACGCUCUCAACGUAAAGUGCACACACUUGCCAUGGCCUUAGACUCAGUCAACGACCUCAAGCAGAGAAGAUCGUUUGAGGACGAAAUUCACUCGCAAAAUACCAUCAUCGACUCGGCGCAAUCGCAGAUUCAACAUGCUCUCACUAAGCGCCAGUUCGCGCGCUUUUGUAUUUGGUCGGAACUCAUUCAGCUACAGGCUACAGAAACUCCUCUCAUCAACAACGUCGUCUCUACACUCACCGAGACUCAUGUUCUCCGCUUCAGCGAUAGCACCGCGGCGUGGCGCGCUCUCAAGGAAAAGCUGAGCGUGUGUGGGAGUGUGUAG